GACGCACACACACAUCAUGGGCACGACAGAAGGAGAAAGACUAGCUGUUGUCGACUACAGACCCGGCACUCCCCACGAUGGUGCGGCUCUGAUACGUCGGAUCGACUGGCGGAUCUUACCCACCAUGUUUCUGACCUACUUUCUGCAGUUUCUGGAUAAGGUGGCUCUGAAUUACGCCAACGUUAUGGGAUUGCAACAAGAUCUGGGAAUGCGCGGCAACGACUUCUCCUGGCUGGCUACGGGGUUCUUCAUUGCUUAUGCGGUCGCCGAGUUUCCGCAAGGCAUGUAUAGGACUGACACCCUUUUCCUUCUUCAUCGCUACCCUAUCACCAAAGUUCUAGGACUCAACAUUCUCUGCUGGGGAGUAAUCCUGUGCUGCUCCGCGGCCGCAAGCAAUUUCGCUGGGAUGAUGUCGUUGAGGGUAAUUCUAGGUGCCUUGGAGGCUGUCAUCAGCCCUGCUCUGACGAUGUACACAAGCAUGUGGUACAUUCGAGCCGAGUCAACUCCACGAUAUGGCCUCUGGUACUGUGGCUUGGGAACUGGCCAAAUCGUGGGAGGGUUGAUUUCUUUUGCAGCUCAGCAUGCGCCUUCGACAUUAUCGCUCCAAGGGUGGAGAAUCAUGUUUGUCGUGAUAGGCGCGGUCAAUAUUCUUGUUUCCGUGCUGGUCCUGUUCAUGCUGCCAGAAUCUCCGUCCGAGGCUGCUUUUCUAAGCAGCAGCGACAAGUUUCGCAUCGAGCAACGUCUCCGACAAGACCAGGCUGGCGUUGGCGAGAAGGUAUUUCGAAAGGCCUCUGUUUUGGAAGCCUUUACCGAUCUGCAGACCUGGCUACUGGUGCUGUUGACUGUCCUGACCGUCACCCCGAGUGGCGUGAUAACUACCUAUUCUGCCACCCUGAUCAGUAACUUCGGAUACGGGUCGAAGGAAAGUGCCCUACUCAACAUGCCCUCCGGAGUGGUCAGCAUUGUGUCUACCAUGGCAUCAACCCUGGCAAUUGCCAAAGGGUAUUCACGAUGGUUAGCAAUUAAUGUGCUCCUAAUCCCUACCUUGCUGGGAUCAUGUUUGAUGUCUUUCUUGCCCUCCUCAAACCAGGCCGGUUGCCUAGCCGGAAUCUACCUGGUAAACGCGACAGUAGCCCCGCUAGCACUGAUAUAUGCAUGGACGGGCGUGAACUACAAAGGAUACACGAUGAAAGUAGCCAGCAGCACAAUCGUCGCCGCAGGGUUCAGCGUCGCCAACAUCAUUGGGCCGCAGACUUUUCAAGCUCGAGAUGCCCCAGAGUAUAUUCCUGCUAAGAUCACCCUCGUAGCCGUCAGUGCCGGUGCGAUCGUCGUCUCAACGUCCCUGCGAGUACUAUAUGGCCGUCGAAACGCCCGCGCGAAUAGAUCAGGCAGAGCAGCAGGCAGCUGGCUAGAGCAACGUCUUGACCGCGUAGGUGAUGUGAACUUUCGCUACGUCUAUUAGCGGACAGUUCACUUUGUACUGUUUUAAGCCUACGUCGCGGCCUGUCGCGGCCCAGAAACUCGUCAUUCCAUGUCUUCACGAUGGCCUGGCUUUGCUGCAGCUUCUCAAUGAACUCAGCUAGAAACAGAUCUGAUUGUGUCAGUGUCUAUUGACUGCAUGAAGUACUAUGAAGAUCUCACAAGCUUUCAUAUCAUACUCACUUCUUGCAAUAGUGCCCACCGUCGCUAUCGCCGCCAUCUUGCAGGUCAGCCACACUAUGGAUAACACUGUUCACACUACCAGAAAUACUUUAACC